UCGGGGUGGGGUGAGUGCGACCAGCGCAGGUCAGGCAUCCAGGAAUACUUUCUAAAAUUCUCCUUUCUACCUGGUUUCUAAAUACCCCCCUUGCCUUCCUCUCUCUCCUCUAUCCAGAAUUGGAGGUGGAAAAGCUGAACUGGGAGAUAAAGGUGCGAGAGAAGUCAUAAAUACAAGUACCACUACACAAACUAGAAUAUGUGGGUGCUCUUCCCCCAGUUUGUUGUGCAGCACAAAGGAGGUGAACAACAAGUGGUGAAUCUUCAGAAUUGAAGAAAAGAGUAAGAGGAGUGUGAUAUGAUGUUGAGGGGUUAUCCAGAAACCUGGUCCAGAUGGCCUAAGUUAAAAGGAAAUAGUCUACCUAAUGGGACUCUUACAUGUUAAAAGGCAGGCCUGCUUUAAGUCUGGUCACUUCUGCAAGGAAGGAAAGGCAAAGGAAUCCGGUUCAAAUCUCUGGAGGAUAGCCUACAGGCUGCUGUAGAGUUUGACACCACUGGAAUCAAAGAAAGGAGCAAGAAAUUGUGCUACAUCAGUGCAGAUUGACUUCCAGUGGCAGCUCUGGUGGUGUUGGAAUUGCUGCUGAGCACUACCUUCAACAGGUGCGUACCUACCCAGGAACCAUCCAUCCUCUCCCAGCUUGGUUGUGUUUUCUCUUCACUCUGACUGUAAUAUUGACUGAGGCUGGGAUUGGAAAGGAGGCUUAUUGACUGCUGGACUGGUGAUUGGCUCUAACUUUUCUUUCCAACUAUAUCACCUGAGUCAUCAAAAAAUUAGAGUGUGAAGAUACAAAACUGUGAGAAAUCUGUAGUAGAAGCUGAGACUGGGAUAGUUGUAGUUAUUCAGGUCUCCUCUGUAACUGUACUAUGACUGGGGCUGAGAUUGAGACUGGUGUCCAGGCCAAGCCUGAAAAGAAGCCUGGCAAAGAGGUUGCCAGUGGGGCUGAAAGAGAGAAUGAAGUCCCAAUGGUAGUCAGACCAAAGGUUAGGACCCAGGCCCAGGUAAUGCUUGGAGCAAGGCCCAAAACUGAGACCGUGGCAGUAACUAAGACACAUCCGAAGAGUGAGGCCAAGGCAAUCACUGUAGAAAGGUCCAUGGAUGAAACCUCUUCAUGGGCCAAGACUGAGUUUGAUGCUGAGGUCCUACUGAAGACAGAGGGAGUGUCCCACAACAAUGCUAUAGUCUGGUCACUGAUCAGUACUGAGUCUGGGUCAGUUGCAAAACCUAAGGUCUCAUCUAUAGUUAGGGAACUGGCCAGUAUGGAUGCCGAGUCCUUUCCUGGCACUAAGGUCAAGUCCCAAUCACGAAUCCAGCAUUUGCUUGUUUCAGAGGAGGAGACCAAUAUGGGGUCUUGGUGCCAUCCCAGGCCUACAUCCAAAAAGGAGAACUUUCACAAUUGUGAUUUCAGAUGGGUGUCUAGAUCCUUUAUGAACUCCUGGUUCUGGAGUAGAGAAGAGGUCAGUACAAGGCUUCAUCCUAGAGACGGGGUAAAAGCCAGUACUAGGUCUAGGCACAUGGCCAAAGAAGAGCCUAUGUCUAGGCCCCAAACCAGUUGGAAACUCUAUGUUGCCUCCAGUUCUGGUUCUGAAGAUGAAUCUAUCAAGAAAUCCUGGUUCUGGGUCAGAGAAAAGACCAGUAUCUGGUCUAGGCCUAGGGAAGAGACCAAUAGUAGGUCCUGGUUUAGGUCUAAGAAAGAAGUCUGUGAAUCCAGUUCUGGGUCUGAAUGUGACGACAGUGUCAAAUCCUGGUUUUGGGCUGGAGAGGAGGGUAGGCACAAACCCCGAGCCAGGAAGGGGGCCAAUGUCAGUGCCAGGCACAGGGCCAAGCAAGAAACUUCCAUUGAUUUCAUGUCUGGGUCUAUGGAUGUAGUCAAAAAAGAGCCUUGGUUCUGGCCCGGAGAGAAGGCUAAUAACUUGGCCAAGCCCAAGUCCAAGAAAGAGGUCAGGGCCAGAGCAGUGGUAAAGGAAGAAGCCAAAAUCAAGGCCAGAGCUAGGGCCAAGCAAGAAGCCAGGCCAGAGGAAGAGUUCCUCACCGGGGCCUGGUUCUCGGCUGCGGAAGACUCCAGCAUGGUUGGUAGGGCCACUGUCAAAUCCGGUUCUCAAGUGGAGGAUGAUUCCAGUGGCAGUUGGUUCUGGACUGAAGAAGAAACCAGUGGUACAUUCAGACCACAGACUGAGCAGGAGCCUAUUGGCAGUUCCGUGCUUGGAACUGGGGAAAAGACCAGUGUGGAAACUGAGGCUGAUGCCACUUCCAAAUCAGUGCCAACAGAUGAGAAAGAAAAGGUCAUUGCCAGUUUUUGCUGGGCUAAUGAAGAAACCAACCCAGAGGCAGAAGAAGAGACCAUUUUUGGAUCUUGGCUUUGGGUCAGUGAUGAGGCCAGUAUGGAAGCUGGGGUUGGGGCCAACUGUGGGUCCAGGCGAAAGUCUGAGGAAGAAGAGGUCAUUGGCCCCUGGUUUUGGGCUGGAGAAGAAAUCAGUACAGUGGCUGAGUUCAGAGAAGAGGCCAGGCCAGGAGCUGAAGAGGAGACAAUAUUUGGGCCUUGGUUUUGGGCUGGAAACCAGGCCCACAUGGAUUCUUGGGCAGAAGUCAGCUGUGAUACUAUGCCAGGGACUGAAGAGGAGGAGGAGCACAUUAUUGGGUCAUGGUUCUGGCCUGGAGUAGAAGCUUGUGGGAGUGCUGAAGUGAAUAAGUUUAGCCUGGAGGACAAGGAUAAGAGUAUUACAUCCUCUUGGUUUGGGACCACUGAAGAGAUCUGUAUGAAGUAUCCUGCUGGUGCCCAGUGUAAAUUUAUCACAGCUGCUGAAGAGAUUAACAGUGAGUCUGGUUUCUGGUCAGGAGAAGGUCCCUGUAUGUUCCUUGCCAACGAAGGCAGCUGGAAGUCUAGGCUAGAGGACGAACAGGACAUUGUUGAUUCUUGGUUCUGGUCUAUAAAAUAUACAGGGCCAGAGACCAUUGUAGAUCCCUGGUUAUGGGCUGUGGAAGAAAGCAGUACAGAUGAUAGGGCUGAAGAAGAAGCCAAGCCACCUACCAAAGAGGAGACCAUGAUCACAUCCUGGGUCUGGAAAGGGGAUAAAGCCAUUAUAGAAGCUGCAAACAGAGAAGAAUCCAGGCUGGAUAUUGAAGAGGAAGAUAUUGAUUCUUGGUUCUGGGCUAGGGAGGAAGACAGGCUUAAAACAGAAGCAGAGGCUAGAGAAGAGGACAGGCUGGCAGCUGAAGAACUUUUUGUUGGGUCUUGGUUCUGGGCCAGGGAAGAGGCCAUUAGGAACGAGGCUAAUAUUUGCAGCAAAUACAGUCCAAAAGCUGGAGAGGAGGAAGUCAUUGUUGAGUCCUGGUUCUGGGCUGCAGAAGAGACCAGUCUCAAGGCAGGGGCUAGUUUUGAAUCCAAGCAUGGAGCUGAAAAGGAGGAAAUCAUUGUUGGGUCCUGGUUCUGGGCUGAAGAAGAGAGUAUAGACAUUAGACCUCAGGCAGUAGAAGAGACAACAUCAAGGUCUGGAGAGGAAACCAUUUUUGAAUGCUGGUUCUGGGAUGCAAAAGAAGUCAAUGUAGAAGCCAAAACACACUGUGCGUCUAAGCCAGAGGAUGAUAAAGAGAUGAUUGUUGAGUCCUGUUUCUUAUCUGGAGACAAGGACAUUAAUGAGACUGAAACUGGAGCCACCUCUGAGUCUAGGGCAGAAAAUGAGGAAAGGGCAGUUGUUGGGUCCUGGUUUGUGCCUAAAAACGAGGACAAUAACAGGCCUGGUGAUGGAACCAACUCUGAGUCCAGGAUAAUAGCUGAGGAGGAUGAGGCCAUCGUGGGGUCCUGGUUUUGGGCAGGAGAUGAGACCCAUUUUGAAUCAGAUCCUAGCCCUGUGUACAGGGCCAUUUCCAAGUCCAGAUGUUCAGUUGACAGGCCCCAGAGCUGGGAGGAGGUUACUGUUCAGUUCAAGCCUGGCCCAUGGGGUAGGGUUGGCUUCCCAUCCCCAAGCCCCUUUAGAUUUUCAAAAGAAGCAGCAUUUCUAUUCUCUGAAAUGUUUGGAGGAAAGCCAAAGCACAUGGAACUGAGCCUAGAAGGGGAAUACCAGGAAUCUUUGCUUCAGCCUGAUCAACCUGACAAGUUCUCAUUUCAGUAUGAUCCAUUCUACUGGUCAGUCAUGCAAAUUCGGGAGCAUCUUAGGACCAGGGAGAGUGCAGAGCCUGAGAGUUGCUCCUGCAGCUGCAUACAGUGUGAGCUUAAAAUUGGUCCUGAAGAGUUUGAAGAGGAAGAACUAUUAAUGGACAAAAUUCGAGAUCCUGUAUUUAUUCAUGAAAUAUCUAAAAUUGCAAUGGGUAUGAGAACUACUUCUCAAUAUGCUUAUGAUUUCAUUCAUGAUUCAGGUGUUGUCUCACUUAUUGAAACCUUGCUCAAUUAUCCCUCCUCCCGAGUUAGGACAAGGUUUUUAGAGAAUAUGAUUCACAUGGCUCCACCUUACCCAAAUUUAAACAUAAUUCAGACAUAUGUAUAUCAGGUAUGUGAGGAAACUGUUGCUUAUAGCUUGGAUUCCCCUGAGCAGUUAUCUGGAAUAAAAAUGGUUAGACACCUCACUAGAGCCACUGACUAUCACACACUGGUUGCCAGGUAUAUAUCUGGGUUUCUUUUGUUAUUAGCCACAGGCAAUACUGAAACGAGGUUUCAUGUUUUGAAAAUACUGUUGAAUUUGUCUGAAAAUCCUGUCAUGACAAAAGAACUACUCAAUGCUUAAGCAGUGUCAGAAUUGGUGGGCCUUUUUAGCAGGAAAGAGACAAAUAAUAUUAAAGUUGUUCUAGCAAUGCUUGAGAAUAUUGGUAACAAUAUAAAAAAAGAGGUGGUGUUCGCUGAUGAUGAUUUCAGUCUUGAGCCACUUACUUCUGCAUUCCAUGAAAUUGAGAAAUUUGCUAAGGAACUGCAAGGCAAAAUAGACCAUAAAAAUGACCCCGAGGCAGACCAAAAAAAUGAGUAUGAUUAAUUACUUGGCUGUGAUUAUCCUUAUGUUCCUGAGUUAUGAUCCUUGAAUAACGUUUUCAAAGUUGGUUCUAUGUUGUAAUGUGCAUCCUUAAUGCUGAUACUAACUUUGCCCAACUUUGUAUGAGCUGGAUCUAUCUUCUGAUGCCAAAUGAAUACUAAAACUGAAAGCACAUUUGUUGAUACUUGUUUUUGUCCAGAUUGUGAAUUUAGUAUUUAAACUUACAGUGAAUUGAGCCAUCAUAAGUAAGCUACCCUUCUGAUUGUUGUUCUGGUGUUACUGAUGUCGAUUUGAGUCAUGCCCUGUUUUCAAUAAAGUUCUGUGUUUAAGUAGGCAGAAA